AAAAUUUUCAGUUAGGCUCGUGUUGGCUUGAAAAACUGUAUGCUGAUUAGUUAAAACGUGCGAAAAUGAUCAAGUUCAGUGUGAUUACGGUUUUGCUGUUGGCUACAGGUGCUAUCGCUGAGCCUCCAGUGAGCGCUGGUUAUUCUUAUUCCGGUGGUCAUGGUCACGACGAUGGUCAUAGUCAUAGUCAUGGCUCUGAUGGAGGCUAUAUUACCGUUAAUAGUGGGCAUCAAACCUCGGAAGGUCAACACGUUGAUCCACAUUUGCUACACAAAGUGAAGGAAGUACUCGUGGAACACGAAAACAGUGGGGCUGGAUCAGCUUCUUAUAGCAGCGGCCACUCAUCGCAUUCAAUAUCCGCCCCUUCAACAUCUUACGGAAUUCCAUCCUCGUCAUACGGAGCACCAUCUCACUCGCAUGGAUCUCUACCGUCCCCAAUCUACGGUAUUCCCUCGUUUGGAGGACAUUCCUCUCGUGUGACAGGAGUGGAACUUGGCCACGUACGACAAGGAAUCCAGCUUGCGGAAUUUUAUAAAGCCCAAAGUGCACCAUCUUAUUCAUCCCACUCCUACUCUGCUCCAUCCUUUGUGUCACAUUCCUCCUAUUCUACACCUUCUUUUGGCUCCCAUUCCUACUCGGCUCCAUCCAUUUCUUCGCAUUCCCAUUCAUCGCAUUCUUCAAUUUCCAUCCCAUCAUCCUCGUAUGGUGUACCCUCUUACAAUUCUCUAUCAUCUUCCUAUGGUGCUCCUUCUUCAUCGUACAGUGCUCCAUCCUCUUCAUAUGGUGCUCCAUCAUCUUCGUACAGCACCCUAUCCUCUUCCUAUGGUACUCCAUCAUCUUCACAUGGACCUGUGUCAUUUUCGUACAGUUCCCCCUCAUCUACCUAUGGCGCUCCAUCCUCCUCGUACAGUGCCCCAUCAUCCCACGGGGCACUAUCAUCUUCACAUGGACCUCCGUCAUUUGGAGGUAGUCUCUACCGGGUUCCUGCUUUUCGUCCCACCUCGGUUUAUCAUGCUCCAUCCGCGAGCUAUCACGGCCCCUCAUCUAGCUAUAACGCACCUGCUCCAGUCUACUCAGUCCCUCGACCUGUCUACGGAACUCCUCAUUUUCACUAAAAUUUAAUUAGUAAUUUCAAAGUAUCUAAGUCAUUCCUCUAUGUAGAUAAUUUAUUCACAAACCAUCAUUUUCAUCGCCAUUAUGAAACUGUUAAAUGAAAAGUUUUUGUUACUGAAAAAUUAAA